UUUAGAGAAGCGGAUGUCGUUCCAUUUUGAAUGGCUGAGCAUGCUCUGUGGAGACCCUCCGAAGAGGAGGACCGACAGAGGGAGCCACCAGGUCACAUGACAAUCGAGGUGAAUGUGCAUGCAGGGGGAAAGAAAGGGAGAAGAGGAACAAUCUGCCUGACACGUUCUCGCUCUCCACCUCCUCUUUGCCUUCCUCUCUUCUCUCUCACUGGCACACUCCCUCUCUGACGCCUUCUUCUCCUCAAUGGAGGCCAUGAGAAGAAAGCAGCCCACUGGUCUAUCCAGGAGCAGUGUGGAGAACGGUGCAUCUUCAAAAAAAGACAUAAUUGAUUCAGCAGUCAGCGGAGAGGAGAAACCGGAUGGCGAUAAAGGGGGUGCAUCCAGACUGACGUGUUCCCCUGAAGCACAGGCCAUGCUAAACGGCACUGAAUGUGAUGAUGCCAGAUGCAAGAGUCUCACGCACAACUUCACAACAGGCCACAAGUCAUUGUCAUUAGUGAAUGAGAAUGGGACAAUGGACAUGGAGCCCCCACAUGGUUCUGUUACUGGAAGCAAUGGAUUCAUUCUCACGAAGCAACAGCAGGAAGGAGGCACAGCAGUAAUGAUGAAUUCAGGAGUUUCCCCACAUAGGACUCACUGGUCACCUUUGGGCUCUGUGACAGGGUGCCAUGGUGCCAAAUCCCCCCCUGCCUUCACACAUGGUUCAGAUUCACAAAGGACUGACCCCAGUACAGGGACUAACACAUCAGGGCAGGGGUCAUCAGGCAGUAAAAAUGGCACUUCUCCUGCCCCAGCGCCACCCAUCACCAUACACAGAGCGCGCAAGACCAUGUCUAGACCUGCCGUCAGCCCAGCACAAAAGCUACUUAACAAGGAAUUGAGAGACGCAAAGAUUGCAAGAACAGAGAGUUGUGUUGCAGCUGACGCUUUGAAAACCCCAGAACAAUCCUCUCAGCAUCCGCUACCUCAGACUCCAUCACAAACACCAGCAUCAGCACAAGUAGCUUCAGCAGCUUUAGCAGUAUCUCCAACGGCUCCAUCGUCAGCUCCGCCUUCUCCAUCUACUGCUCCACCUUCGCCACCUUCAGCUCCGGGGCCACGUUCUCCACCUUCAGUUCCUGGGCCACCUUUGCCACCUUCAGCUCCGGUGGCACCUUCAGCUACAAGGCCACCUUCUCCACCUUCAGCUCCAGCGCCACCGUCAGCAGCUUCACCUCCACCUACAGCGCUGCCUCCAUUUAAAGCCAAACUCCAGUUAGCAUCCCUCGCAGGACUGUUGUCGUCACGCAGAAAAAAAAGAAAGAUGGGAACAUACAGCCUGGUUCCCAAGAAGAAAGCAAAAUUGCUAAAGCAACGAACUGUGCUGGAAAUGUUUAAGAAAUUACAACAAUCCACCCAGAGCCCAGAGACUAAAGAGGUACCAAAUGUGAAUGGAGAGAAUGUAGAGAAUGCCUCUGAGGAGGAGGACUCUGAAGAGGUGGAGGAGUCUGAGGAAGAGGAACGACAGCGGCCAGUAGAAGGUGCUUCUGCCAUCCAGGAAACAAGCAGAACAUCUGAAGCAAUCUCUCAGGUGGAAGAUGAGCAGGAGUCUGAGUCUGGAGAGGAAGAGGGAGAGGAAGACACAGAAUCAGACUUGAGCACAGGAUCUAGUGUCAAGAAGAAGUGGAAAAAGAAAGCUAAAGGGGACAGUGCAUGGCUCAGGCCAUCCAGGAAACGUAAAAGGAGAAUAAAGGCCAAAGAACAAGAGCCAGUGGGUCAGCCUCAGACUUCAACUCAGCUCCAGGUGGAUGAGGAGAAGAUGUACACAGAUGUUCCCUCCUCUGACUGUGUCACCCUCAGUCAGGAACCUUUGGUUUCUUCAGAGAACUGUGGUGAGCUGGAAGCCAAAUCAGUGGCGUGCCCAAGCUCGGCAGUUGAGGAGUCUCAGGAGCUUCCGUUGUGCAGCUGCCGCAUGGAAACACCAAAGAGCCGUGAGAUUCUGAUCCUGGCAGACAGAAAGUGCAUGGCCACAGAGUGUGUCGACGGACUUCUCACAUGGUGCCAGAGCGCUGUGCUGAAACACGAAAUGAUGCGCCCCUCCAAUUCUGUUCAGCUGUUGCUUUUAUGUGAGGACCAUCGAAACAGCAUGGUCAAGCACCAGUGCUGCCCCGGCUGUGGCUUCUUCUGUCGGGCUGGAACUUUCAUGGAGUGCCAACCGGACAUCAGUAUCUCUCAUCGUUUUCAUCGUGCUUGUGCCUCGAUGCUGAAAGGCCAGAGCUUCUGUCCUCACUGCGGAGAGGAAAUCAGCAAGGCGAAGGAGGUCACUAUUGCCAAGGCUGACACAACAUCCACGGUUCCACUCGCCCAUGGACCUGCCACACCUGGAGUGUCCGAGGGCAGAGCGGACACCACCACUGGCAGCUUAUCCCAUGUUGUUGUGAGCGCUGAGGUCAGCGGCAGGGCGGACAGCUCGCUGUCAGCUCAUUCUGCACAAGGACUCGACACCGCUGUUACGCCUGGGAGGUCCAGGACCGGAACCCCUCAGGCUGGAAUGAGUACAAUGGUGCCAUCUACAUUCAGUCAAAGCCCAUCAAAAGAAACUCUGGAGAAUAUUCUUGUCGCCCUUGACACAGAGAAACCCAAGAAACUGCGUUUUCACCCCAAGCAGCUUUACCUCUCAGCCAAACAGGGAGAACUCAAGAAGGUCUUACUCAUGUUGGUGGACGGGAUAGACCCAAACUUUAAGGUGGAAACUCAGAACAAACGCACUCCCCUCCACGCUGCCGCCGAGUCCGGACACAAAGACAUCUGCCACAUGCUCGUGCAGGCUGGUGCAAAUUUGGACAUAUGUGAUGAGGAUCAGCGGACGCCACUGAUGGAGGCCUGUGAGAACAACCACAUGGAGACGGUCCUCUACCUGCUGAGAGCAGGAGCCAGUGCUGCACACAAGGAUGUUGAAGGGUUUACUUGUCUCCACCUAGCGGCAAAGAGUGGGCAUUACAAUAUUGUUGAGCAUCUUCUGGCCACUGGAUUAAUAGAGAUAAACUGUCAGGAUGACGGCGGUUGGACAGCCAUUAUCUGGGCGACGGAAUAUAAACACGUGGACCAGGUGAAGCUGCUUCUCUCCGAGGGAGCUGAUGUCAGCGUCAGGGACAAGGAAGAAAAUAUCUGCCUUCACUGGGCAGCAUUCUCUGGCAGCGUGGAGAUCGCGGAGCUGUUGCUGGAUGCCUGCUGUGAACUCCAAGCCGUCAACAUCCAUGGAGACUCUCCUCUACACAUUGCCGCUCGUGAGAAUCGUCUGGAUUGUGUCACGCUUUUCCUUUCUCGGGGAGCAGAUGUGUUUCUGAAGAACCGUGAAGGUGAAACUCCUCCAGACUGCUGCAGCCACAACUCCAAGGCUUGGGCGGCGCUGCAGGCGAACAAAAGGGAGAGGGACGCCAAAAAACUCAAGCUGGGCCACACCGAGGAGAAACUCCUUCACAGUGACAUCACUCUGGGGCAGGAGAGAGUUCCCAUUUCUUGUGUAAACACAGUCGACAGCGAACCGUAUCCAGACGACUACAAAUACAUCACCAGCAACUGUGUUACCUCCCCCAUGAAUAUUGACAGAAAUAUAACACACCUACAGUACUGCAUUUGCAAAGAAGACUGUUCGACAAGCAUCUGCAUGUGUGGUCAGCUCAGUCUGCGCUGCUGGUAUGACAAGGGUGGUCGUCUUCUCCCUGAAUUCUAUCGCGAGGUGCCCCCCCUCAUCUUUGAGUGUAACCAUGCCUGCUCCUGUUGGAGGACUUGCAAGAACCGCGUCGUGCAAAACGGCCUGAGGACCAGACUCCAGGUGUUCAGGACCGCAAAGAAAGGCUGGGGUGUCCAAGCACUGCAAGACAUCCCGCAGGGGACCUUUGUAUGCGAGUACGUUGGUGAGAUCAUCUCUGAAGCAGAAGCUGAGAUGAGGCAGAAUGACGCGUACCUGUUCAGCCUGGAUGACAAGCCACAAGAUCAAUACUGCAUUGAUGCCCGUUUCUAUGGAAACAUCAGCCGGUUCAUCAACCACAUGUGUGAGCCCAAUCUGUUUGCCUGUCGAGUCUUCACAACGCACCAAGAUCUCCGUUUCCCGCACGUUGCCUUUUUUGCUAGUAAAAACAUCAAGGCUGGUGAGGAGCUCGGAUUUAACUAUGGCGACCACUUCUGGGAAGUCAAAAGAACGGUGUUUAGCUGCGAGUGCAGCCUCUCGAAGUGUAAAUUCUCCGUGUCAGCUGACAGCACACCGGAGGACCAGCAGCAGCCCAGAGCGUCUCCGGACACCAGCUCGUCCACUGGACAGUCCUAAAAUACACACUGACCAUCGCAACUCUUUCAGUUACAACGAAGACACGGGGGGGCACCUAUACCCCCGUCUGCCAUGAACUUUGACCUUUUAUCAGUGAACUUGCACUCUGUUUUCAUUAAAACGACGGACCAUCAACUUUCAUAAAAGCCCGUCAAAUAUUGUGAUGCAGAGCCGAGGGCACAAUCAAACAUCGGAGCCCCCCGCCCCAGCAGGGGGCGACGAAUUCACGCACAGCAAAAUAGGAUUUCCACAGACGCUUAUUUUCAGUCACUGAAUUGUUUUGUCAGAAUGGUUC